GAAUUCUGAAUAAACUUGGAUAAAUUUGUAAAGACGUUUGCAACAUCUUAAAGAUAUCAGUAAAGCUUAUAUUUGAUAAUAAUAUAGCAGUUGUAAUAUUUGUUAGGAAUAAAAUAUAAAAACAAGAAGAAAGAAAAUUUCCAGACAUUUUGUUGAAGAAAAAAAUUACAGAAAGAGGAAUUGUGUGAGAAACUUUGAGUUUUGUUAGUUUUACCUGCAGAGAUGCCCAAAGAAAGAGGAAAAUCUGUAUACCACUGUGAUAUCUGUGAAAAAUCAUUCUCUAAAAAAGGUAACCUAACUAUUCACAGAAAUAUUCACAUGGGACAAAAACUAUAUCAUUGUGAUAUCUGUGGUAAAUCAUUCUCUACAAAUAAUGCAUUGGAUAUUCAUAAACUCAUUCAUAUUGGAGAGCCACCAUAUCGCUGUGAUGUCUGUGGUAAAUCAUUUACUCACAAAAGCAGCCUAACUGUACACAAACAUGUUCAUUCAGGAGUGAACCUGUAUCAUUAUGAUAGCUGUGGUAAACCAUUCUCUAAAAGUAGUAAAGUUACUCUUCACAAACGUAUUCAUACAGAAGAGAAGCUGCAUCACUGUGAUAUUUGUGGAAAAUCAUUCUCCCAAAAGCAGCAUUUAUCGACACACAAACUUACUCAUACAGGAGAGAAGCCAUAUCAUUGUGAUAUAUGUGAUAAAUCAUUCUCUGUGAAAGUUAACUUAGCUAAACACAUACGUAUUCAUACAGGAGAGAAGCCAUAUUGCUGUGAUACUUGUGGGAAAGCAUUCUCCCUAAAAGCAACUUUAACUACACACAUACUUACUCAUACAGGAGAGAAGCCAUAUCAUUGUGAUAUUUGUGGUAAAUCAUUCACUCAAAGCAGUGCUGUAACUGUACAUAAACGUAUUCAUACAGGAGAGAAACCAUAUGACUGUGACAUCUGUGGUAAAUCAUUUUCUGUGAGAGUUAACUUAGCUGCACACAAACUUACUCAUACAGGAGAGAAGCCAUAUGAUUGUGAUAUAUGUGGUAAAUCAUUCGUUCACAGAAGUGCUGUAACUGUACAUAAACGUAUUCAUACAGGAGAGAAACCAUAUCAUUGCAAUAUCUGUAGUAAAUCAUUCUCUCGAAACAGUGACUUAACUACUCACCAACUUAUUCAUACAGGCGAGAGACCUUUUCAGUGUGAUAUCUGUGGUAAAUUAUUCUCUGUGAGAGAUAAGUUAGCUACACACAAACUUACUCAUACAGGAGAGAAGCCAUAUCAAUGUGAUAUCUGUAGUAAAUCAUUCGCUCAAAAAAGUAAUGUAACUGUACAUAAACGUACUCAUACAGGAGAGAAACCAUAUCACUGUGAUAUCUGUGGUAAAUCAUUCUCUAUAAAAGUUAGCUUAACUAAACACAAGCUUAUCCAUACAGGUGAGAAGCCAUAUCACUGUGAUAUCUGCAGUAAAUCAUUCACUCAAAAGGGACAUUUAAGUAGACACAAAUGUGUUCAUUCAGGAGUGAAAUCACAUCGUUGUGAUGUCUGUGGUGAAUCAUUCUUUGAAAUAGAUCACUUGACUACUCACAGACUCAUUCAUUAGGAGAGAAACCAUGUCAUUGUGGCAUCUGUGGUGAACCUUUCUCUCAAAUAAAUCUCUAAGAUAAACACAGACACAUUCAUAUGGAAGAGAAACCAUGUAACUGAUUCUGUGGUAUAUCCUCUCAAAAAAGACAAUUAACUACAUCUAUAUUUCUCAAGUGACUGUAUUAAUAUCAAAAGUCAUUUGUUGAAAGGAAUGUCUUAUACAACAAUAAAUGUAUAACAGCAUGUUCUAACAAGUUGCUAACCCUAUAUUUUUUAUAUCUUCUUAUCAAUAUCUACCAUUCUGAUAUUUUUAAUAAAAUCUGUUCUUUCAUAAUAUUCAUAUAUAUUCCAUUUAAGAUAUUUUCUGAAUGAAUAAAAAAUUACUAUUAA